UGGUCCGAGUCGGCAGGGGGAGGGGGCGAGGGCGAGUGACUGGGAUCUCACCCGCGUCCCACCCCACCCGGCGCGACCCACCUGCGGGGGCCCGUCCGCUGCCUCCCAGGGGACCCGAUGGCCUCGGAGGGUCUGGCCGGGGCGCUGGCGGCGGUGUUGGGGGGCCAGGGGCUGAGUGUGCACAGCUGUGACUCGGAACCGGCCGAGGAGCCGCCGGCGCCGGUGCGGCUGCGGAAGAACGUCUGCUACGUGGUGCUGGCCGUGUUCCUCAACGAGCAGGAUGAGGUGCUACUGAUCCAGGAGGCCAAGAAAGAGUGCCGUGGGUCCUGGUACCUACCCGCGGGGAGAAUGGAGCCUGGGGAGACCAUCGUUGAGGCACUGCAGCGGGAGGUGAAGGAAGAGGCUGGGCUGCACUGUGAGCCUCUGACGUUGCUGUCUGUGGAGGAGCGGGGCCCCUCCUGGAUCCGCUUUGUGUUCCUCGCUCAAGCCACAGGUGGAAUUCUCAAGACUCCCAAGGAGGCAGAUGCAGAGUCCCUGCAGGCUGGCUGGUACCCUCGGACCUCCCUGCCCACUCCGCUGCGAGCCCAGGACAUUCUGCACCUGGUGGAGUUAGCUGCCCAGUACCGCCAGCAAGCCAGGCACCCUCUUAUUCUGCCCCAGGAGCUUCCCUGCAGUCUGGUCUGCCAGCGGCUUGUGGCCACCUUUACCAGCGUCCAGACAGUGUGGGUGCUGGUGGGCACAGUGGGGAUGCCUCACUUGCCCAUCACUGCCUGUGGCUUCACUCCCAUGGAGCAGAGGGGUGGCAUCAAGAUGGCCAUCCUGCGGCUGCUACAGGAGUGUCUGACCCUUCACCACUUGGCAGUAGAGACCAAGGGGUUGCUUGGACUGCAGCACCUGGGCAAAGACCAUGCAGAUGGCAUCUGCUUGAAUGUGCUGGUGACUGUGGCUUUUCGGAACCCAGGUAUGCAGAGGGAGCCCCCAAAGGUUCGGGGUGAGAACUUUUUUUGGUGGAAGGUGAUGGAGGAAGACCUACAAAGCCAACUCUUACAGAGGCUUCGGGAAUCCUCUGUCGUCCCAGUCAACAGAUAGGAAGGUGCCAUCUCUGUGCAAGGAGCUGGGUGACGGUGCUCCCCCCACCGUGGCUUUGCUUUCCUCUGGGGGAAGCAGGAGGUUGGCAGUCAGGGAUCUGGUGGUGUUGGGAGCAGGCAGGUUGUCUGGUCCCCUGGUUGUCAGGGGAAUCUCCUUCUCCAUGGAGCUGGUCCCUACAUCGCACCGAAAGGACAGUGCCUUUAACCCAACAAGGAUUCCAGAGCUCAAGGACCUAAUUGCCCCAUGGGUACCGAUGAGGGCCCUCCUCCCUAAGGGGAUGGAUGUGAGAACCUUCUGAACGUGAGAUGGCUACUCGUCAUCAUGAACCUACUUGUCAUUUUCCAUGCUUGCCUCAGGAAAGGCCUACAUCUGAUUCUCAGGCGCUGAGAACAUGGACUGGGUGCUGAGGGAGGUCAUUCCAAGGGAGUGGGCCCCUUGCUGAGUAAAUACGUGGUACUUACUUUGCUUUCCUGCCUAAAUGUCUCUGUGGAGAGGGAGUGAACAGGAAGAGGGGAGCACAUCAAAAAAGAAGCUCCUCCCCUUGUCCCACCACCGCCCCCCACGUCUUCCCAGACAGCAGGCCCGUGUCCCCUACUUGCAGGACUGGGGCAGGCCAACUUCCUGCCACCCGCUGUAGCGUCUGUGGCCCAGUGGGAUUCUCUUUCUCUUGUCUGCCAUGGUGCGAGGUGUCCACAUCCCCUCCAAGGUUUGAGCUGUGAGAACACCAGAAACUCCAAGGGGGGCAAGGAGUUGUGAAAGCUGGCCCUGCCUCUCAGCAGAGUUUCAUCUCUUUGGGCUUCCCUGUCCACUCCCUGCAUCACUCUGCCUACCUCUAGGCUCCUGCCUCUGCCAUUCUACAACUCCAGACCAAGCCAGACCAAAACCUUUUAUUCAUUUCCCUUCAGUUCAGAAGAGUCUUGAUUUAAAAAAAAAAAAAAAAA